AUGGAGCACGAGGAACGCGAAACGACGCUUCUAACACUUGAGAUGACGUCAUCUAACCCCCGAUACCCAGCCCUCCUCACACCCCGCACCCUCCUGGUCCCCUACUCCCCCCACCACGUGCCCACAUACCACACUUGGAUGCAGUCGCCCUCGCUGCAACAACUAACAGCCUCUGAACCGCUGAGUUUGGAGGAGGAGUAUGCGAUGCAGCGCUCGUGGCGCGAGGAUGGGGAUAAACUGACAUUCAUUAUUUGCGUGGCGCCUGGGGAAGGGGAGUUGAGCGAUGCAAAGGGCGAAAAAUCCAAGGAAGAAGAAUGUAUAAGAGCAGGGAGAUAUGAUACUCCGGAGAGUAUGGUGGGAGAUGUGAAUUUAUUCCUUGUCGAGGAGGAAGUGGAUGAGUUUGAUGAAAGAGAAACAGAUUCUUCCAUCUCACAGCAACAACAGCAACAACACACCUCGCACAUAUCCCCCUCAUCUUCCCCCCCAUCCAAACCAGUUAACUUGACCUGCGAAUUAGAAAUCAUGAUAGCCUCCCCCCACCACCGCGGCAAAGGUCUCGGCCGCUCCGCCCUUCUUGCAUUUCUAUCCUACAUCCUCGACAACGCGGGCGCCAUUGCAGGCGAAUUCACCCAGUACAAGUCGACCGCCAACACCACCACCAGCAGUCCCACUAGCACCACACCCCCCACCCCAACCCUAACCACCCUCCGCGUCAAAAUCGCCCAAGACAACACACCCAGCCUCCACCUCUUCGCCAGUCUGGGCUUCACGCUGCUGAACGACGGCGCGGCGAAUUAUUUCGGCGAGGUGGAGAUGCGUUGGGAUUGUGUUGGGAAGGUGGGAAAGGUGUUUGAGGGGGGAGGGAGGGGGGAGGUGUUGGGGUAUGUGGAGGGGUAG